CGCACCACCGUUCCAUUCCAUCACACAACACACAUUCCCCAGCGCAGAGUUUGAGAAGCCAACAAGAAGCAGCAGCCGCGCACAGCCUCGAUCUCCGGCUUCUUGCUCGCUUCUCUUUCUCUGCGACCCAACCAGAUCCUCCACCACCACCACCUUCAUCCUCCCAAUGGCCUCCGUCUCCGCCAAGUCCGUUGCCCUCAUCGCGGCCGUGCUCCUCGUGCUCGUCGCGUCGGCCGUCGCGACCGCAAGGACCGUGGAGCGGGAGGAGGUGGUUUCCCUGGGCAGCCUCGCGCCGUCGCUCGCUCCGGCGCCGGCGCCGACGAUGCUCAGCGCAGCGGGCGCCCUCGCCCCCGGCGCGUGGGCCGUGGCCGCCCUCGUCUCGCUCCUCGCCUUCCUCGCCCACUGAGGCGUGACCGGUGCUGCUGCUUAAUUAGAUCGAGAGAUGUGAUCCCGCAAUUUGGAUUGCGGCGAGCUGCGUCUGUUUCUUUCCUUCGGUUCAGUGGUUGGUUAGGCUAUACUAUCUGGUAGUGGCGAUCUAGUAUGAAGUUAUCGUGGUGUGUGUCGCGUGCUGCUCAUCUCUCUUUUGCCUGUAAAAGAGAGAGCCAUGUUCUUCAAUAAUUCAUUCAUUGGUUAUUAUUCUUUA